AUGACCAUGUGUUACAGCUCCAGCUACAACCCGCCCUUCGAGAAUGCGAAUGGAUACCUAGAGUACGUGAGAAACAACCUUCCCGAGUUCAACCACUUCGUGACUUUGUCGGAUAACAGCGCCCUCGUCGCGAAGGACCGCGCUAUAACGAAAUUCAGGACGUUGAGGCGUAAGGCGAAGGAGGCGGUCACGGCUUCAAAGGGGAAGCUAGCAGACGCUAUGCUUGGUCCAGAGCGGAAAGAAAUGAUGACGGACGAGGAGGAGGAUGUCAUGCACAGGCUGACGGGCGCCCAUACGAGGGUAAAGGUUCGGAGCUUUCAACUGAAGAAGGGUUAGUGAUGAAGUUGUCGUUUCUUGGAGGACAUGCAUAUUUGCCAACCUACCUGACUGAGCUGUUUGGCCCCGUACACGAUGACAUUCUGUACUAUUCGAAACGAAAACGACCGAUGUGUUGAGACGUAUCGUGGUUGACGUCGGACCGGUUUGCUUGGCCUGCGUUGCUUUCGAACCGACAGGCAGAAUCCCACCUCGAGAGACGCGAAGCUGACUUGAAACGCAUCAUGGGCCAUUAUGUGGUGGGGGACUCCUCGUUGACGUCGCGUAGCUACAUAUUCUCAAUGAAAUAAGUUCAUCACAACCCUCGUCAUGUUGCCCAAGAGUUCUCAGCGAACCCCAUACGGUGCGCUGGUGCGUGGGACAGAGGACGUCUGAUUAUUCCGUGACUUCUUUACCCUCGCUUCACGCCAUCGCCGUCCGAUGUAUGUGCGUGUGAUGGCACCGUUUGAGCGUGUGGAGCAUGCAGCAGAAGGAAACGAAGAGGCGUUCAAUAUACGCGUGGUGAGCACGUCGAAGUGCGAUACGGUGGAUACAAUCUCAAGUAGAUUUCCCCAAUAUUUGCUUGGCGUUUUCGCGACCGCAACACUUUUGCUUAUGCGCAUUACUUGGUGGCACGCAUCCUCUGUCAAGCAUCUCGGAGCAUAGGUAUCUGCUUGAAAACGUCGACUGUGUAGAAGUCACGACCAAUCCAUAAGACUAGCAGACCCUUUGACCAGGCCAGACGUGUUGAGUGAUUGAAGCUUCAAAUAUAUCGUGCCCUUAUGCGACCAACGUCUGGUCGUGUACCUCAGGAUGAGACGAGUGAAGAAGCACAGCGG